AUGUCCCGCAGCCGAAUGAAGAGAAUGCAAGUGAUCGUCAUCAUCGCCAUGACAACGGUGUUCAUCGCCUGCGCAUCCCUGCUGAUAUUCCUCGCGUGGUUCGUAUCUCAACCGACCAUAAAGUUCUGCAACACGCCCGAUUGUAUAAGGCACGCCCUCGAGCUCAAGAAGGCAAUGAACACCCGCGUGAAACCAUGCCAAGACUUCUACAAGUUCACGUGCGGCUCCUGGAAGCCGCGGGGCAAAGGGAGGUCCAUGGUAGCGCAGGUCUUCGAGCAGUCAACCACAGAUGCCAUCAAGGAGAUGGAGGAGGGUUCCAGAGAGAAGGCCGUGGUGCCCAAGGCACCGGACUACUACAGGAACUGCAUACAUCGACGCGACCUGACGCCGGCUGAGGCCGGAGUGUUCAUCGACUUCAAGCAUCAGCUCGGCUUAUUCUGGCCGGAGAAGCCGCAAGUGGCCAUAGACGCUCUGCUGCCGUUGCUGAAUAUGACCAUCACGUGGAAUAUCAACCUCCUUUUCCAUCUCAGGGCACUUCCCGCCUACAAACGGAGGCCGCAGACACUGUAUAUCAGGCGAGGUAUAUUAAACACCAACUGGCUGGACCCCAAAUGGACACCGCUAACGUUCGCUGAAUCCGUCAGAAUACACUGCGGCGUACUUGGAGUCGAGGCGCCGUCCUCCUCGAGCAUCCAGGAACUCAAGAACACAGUGGAUGACAUUGUAAACGCCGCCCUCAAAGUGCCGCCGGACGCCACCAGCGACACGCAGUUCAAGCUCAAGCAGAUCGAGUAUUUGAUGCCCAAUCGGUCGGACGACUGGCUGAAGCACCUGAACAUCCUGCACAGUCCCCAGUUCACGUGGACACUCGACAGCCCCGUGGCGCUGGAAGACGACGCGAUACUGCAGAACCUCAACGCGCUUCAGAAAAAGUACAGGGACAACAAGCAGACGCUCCUGGAAGGCUUCGCGUUCGUAUUUGUCCGGACGACUCUGUGGCUAUUCGCGGGGAAACCUGAAAUGCGCUACGGGACCGACCCCGAGGUCAACCGCUACCUUUGGAAGCGGGUUUGCCUCUCGUAUACAACCGCAAACUUCGGUCUUCUCGUCGCGGCCAAGCACAUUUACUCGCGCUAUACUCCAGCUGUGCGCGCCAAUCUCCAACGCUUCCAUCACAGCAUCCAGGAAGCGCUCAAGCAGCUGAUACAAGACGCCACGUGGAUCGACGAAACCGUCAAGAAUAAGGUGACCAUCAAAAUAAACGAGCUGACGCUUAACGCGAUGCCAGAGGAGAACUUUUUCAACGACGCCAAUCUGGCUCGGCUGUACCGGGACUUCCCGACUAUUGGCCUGUCGUUUAUAAGCAACUACAUCGCCGUAGCCACCGCCUACCGCCUCCUCAUCGGCCACGACAGCUUCAUCAGCGUCUACUCCAAACGACUCGGCGGCGGCGCGCCCAGCCGAUAUAAUUACUACUACAACAUCGCUUAUAUGUCAUUGGGCGCCAUGGAGCCCCCUAUUCUCUACCUAAACGGUACUAUGGCCAUGAUGUACGGUAGCUUCGGCGCCCUUAUCGCCGAAUGCUUGGUCCGCUCUUUCGAUAAGCGAGGCGUCCUCGUCAACGACUUGGGGAAGAGCGAGCUUUGGUGGGACUCGCCGGCUUACACGCAGCGUAUCAGAUGCGAUUUGUUAUCAGACUCGGAGACCGGUGGUUCCGACGACGGCGUCCCCGGUACACCGCCACCCGGCAGCCGCGACCCUCGAGAAGUGCGCUUCUCGGCCCUGUUCCCGAUAGCACCAGCGUUGACUACGUCGUUCAUCGCGCACCGCAAGGCUAUCGCCACGGACGGUUACGUCCAACGGCGUUUACACGGUCUCGACGACUUCGACGACGACCAGAUCUUCUUCCUCAGCUACUGCCUGACGACUUGCGCCGUCAACAGCACCGGGGAGGCGUGCAAUGUGCCCCUGCGACAAAUGGACAGAUUCGCCAGCGCCUUCCAGUGCGAAGUUGACACACCGAUGAACCCGCAAAAAAAGUGCACGUUUUUCUAG